CUAUAAAUUUGCUUGACCCCUGACAGACUUUUGCGGUGAUUACUGUUUUACAUGUAUGCAUCAGCGAGAAAAGGAUAUUUAGUUAGUCUAGCUUAUUUAGCUCUACUUUUAAUCGCAUCUGGUUCCUCACACCGAUAACUUCUCAGUUGGACGACUUUUUCGGCCUUAUUGAGGGCGGAUCGCCAGGCGGGCCAAUCUUGACCCUUUGGAAGGCUCUCGUUAAAACCGUGACAAGCGACCUUUAGUAAACAAGAUCUUGAAAGGUCCCGAGUUUCGUUUAAAGGCUUUUUUGUUGGCUCUGUUUCAGGAGUGGCGUGGAUUUAACAGGAAACUUUUUCUCUUUCGUGGCUACGAAACGUUCCCUGUUUCGAAACGGGAGUAAAAACAUCACCUUCGAAACUUCCAUACAAACACCGGAGACGUGCACACUGCCACCUCCUUAUUCGUUAGAGUAUUAUCUUGCUCCGGAUCCGACGUGUAUUAAUAUCUUCAUCACCUGUUUAUAAAGGACCAUCAUCUGACAUCCCGUCUCAAAUUAUUGGCAAAGUUGCCGUGUUGAAGAGCAAGAGAAAUUUUGCUCAUCAACUAAGACACACGACUUUAUCUCGGAUCAAGAAGUCACCGAAGGAAUCAGGACAAAACUUGACAUGGAAUUUCGGACGUUCCUAGCAUUAUUAAUUUUUCUGUGGCAGUCUUUCGGUAUUUAUGGUUUUAACUUGGAUACAGCCUCUCCUGAAGUCUUCGAUGGGCCUCCGAUGAGUGAAUACUUUGGAUACUCGGUCGCUCUUCAUUCGCAACAGAAUAAAUACUGGGUUAUGGUUGGCGCCCCACUCAGUAAUGUAACAGGUGUUGAUGGCUCAACGUUAACAAAGUAUGGAGCUGUGUACAGAUGUGAAUAUCCCGGCUCACAAUGUCAAGCCAUUAAAAUUGACGACCGGUCUGCAAGAACACAAUCCGCCUCAAAUGAGGUAUGGGACAUCGAGGUUAAGACUGGACAGUGGAUCGGUGGAAGUGUGUACAGCACUGGUACUAACGGCAGAGCUUUGGCUUGUGCACCCAGAUAUGUCUAUCGAAAUGUGCCCAAUAAUGAUGGCCUGCAUUACUAUUGGCUGUUGGGAAAAUGCUUCCUCAUUUCUGAGGAUCUUUCAGCAACGAGAGAUGAACGUGUGCCUUGUAUGAGUGAACAAAAGGGUAACAACUACUAUGGUUAUUGUGAAGCUGGGAUAAGUGCCGAAUACACAGUAGGAUAUGAUCAGGAUGUAGUUAUGGGAGCCGUUGGAAUUGCUCGAUGGAAAGGUGGAGUGUGGGUGUCUCCUUUCAGUGUAGGUGGAGGUAGUCCAACUUACACUGUGUCACCACAAGACCAAAUUAAUGAUGGAGAUUACAUGGGUUAUUCAGUGACUAGUGGUCAUUUCUCAAGCCCAUCAAGUACAGAGCUUGUAGGUGGUGCACCAAGAGGUGCCGAACUGAAAGGAAAGGUCAUCAUCUACAAUUAUGAUAUAUCUAAUGAUCAGCAGCAACAGAUCAGUGUCAGUUCGCCUCUGCCUCAACCUAAAAACAUACCGACUGGCACCUAUUUUGGAAGUGUCUUAUGUGCAGUGGACCUAGACGAAGAUGAGUUCUCAGACAUUCUUGUUGGUGCGCCUUACUACACCCACAAAAAAGAUGAGGGACGAGUUUACAUCUACUUAAACAAUGGGCAGGGUGCUCUUAAUUUGCAAGAUGAUGUUCUUGAAGGAGAUAAGGCGUAUAAUGCCCAUUUUGGGGCAGCCAUUGCAGCGGUGGGAGACCUGAACAAGGAUGGAUUUCAAGACGUCGCAGUAGGAGCCCCAUUUGAAGGUGAAGAUGGAAGUGGAGCAGUGUACAUUUACCAUGGUAGCAGCAGAGGAAUUGAGACCCGCUACAGACAGAAAAUUGUAGGAUCAAAAAUCAAACCUGGUAUAAAGAUGUUUGGAGUGUCCAUCUCUGGUGGUGUUGACGUGGAUCAAAAUGAAUAUCCAGAUAUUGCAGUUGGUGCAUAUAGAUCAGAACAAGCUGUUAUUGUGAGGACAAGAAGUAUUGUGAACGUGGAAGGUGAAAUUCGGCUGAGCAAGUCACAGAUAACCUUGGAGAGCAACGACAGCGUGUGUGAUGUGGAUGGAGCCAAACAUAAAUGUUUGAACAUGACAGUGGUUUUCCAGUACACAGACCAGGUUUCGUCGACUAACAGCCAAGGUCUAGACAACCUACGGUAUUCUGUGGAACUGGACAAAGGAAAGGAAUCCGAUGUAUUGCGUCGUAUGUUUUUUUGGAAUCCGACUACGAAAAAGAAGACCUUUAUCAUGAGUGGGACCUACAAUAUUUCCGCUCAGAACCAAAAAUAUUCGCUGCCCACAGAAACAGUCUAUCUGUUGGAUAAGAAUGAAGUUGCAGACGUUGGCUCGCGGCUUACUUUCGACUUGAGUUUCUCCUUGCCAGCAACUGGCUGUAAUGGUUUAUGUCCAGUUCUUAAUAGCUAUUUGCUUGAUAAUUACAGAGGAACGGUUGCUUUUAGAAAGAAGUGCAAGAAUCAGUUAGCUUGUGUGCCAGAUUUAGCGGUUGAUGGUCACAUUUUAUAUUCACCAAGUACCCUGGAUCUAAAAGAAGUUCGAAUCGGAGUUGUCAGAGAAUUCACUGUUAUGCUGACAGUCACGAACAAAGUUGACGAUUCUGCGUAUUACUCCACUAUCACAAUGACACUUCCUGCUGAUCUGGACUACAUCGGACCUACGCAGUUCAUAGAAUGUGAGAGAGAUGACCCAUACAAUGGAACCGUGGAUGUGACUUGUAACGUUGGCAAUCCACUCCUCGGUAAAGUCACGAGAAAAUUUGGAAUCAAGUUUGCACCAGGUUCUGUGAAAGAAAACUUCAGGAUUGAAGUCAUAGCAUCAAGCCAAGAUCAAGAUGCAAACGACAAGGACAAUGAGAAAGCGUUUAUCGUUCCCGUGACGUUUGAAGCGGAUUUGGAAGUAAAGGGAUCAACUAAACAAGAUCAGGUGGUGUAUACAGGACCAGUGAAAGACAAUAUAGACAUUUUGGAGUCGAUUGGUCCCGAAGUGGUCACGACACUGACGGUUCGGAACAAGGGUCCGAGCACUGUUGAUGGGACGAAAGUUACCGUCAAUUUUCCAAGCUUGUUUAAAUCGUCGGAUCCCAAAAGCUAUCUGCUCUAUCUUGUAGUUGUUGAACUUGAAGGUGCCUCGGGGACUUGUGAUGCGAAGGUCAAUCCUUUGGGUCUCAGGGAGUCUAAUUCCACUGAUGCAACAGAAGAUAAUAAGCAGUCACGCAGGCGGCGUGACGCAGAAAAUAUGCUUUUGGGCUGCCGCACCGCAAGCUGCAGCUCUUUCUCUUGCAAUUUGGGUCAGUUGAAGUUAGGUGACAAAGUGGAUAUCAAGAUGACUUUCCGACUUUGGAUUAACACUCUCAUCAAGGAACUUGAUCCUCCAAAAGCCGUAGACCUCGAGACUACAGCCAAGAUAAAAGUUCCCAGCAUAAUCACUCAGCCGAACCUGAACAAUGACCAGGCAACGAUUAUAACGACAGCCAAGCCAGCUCAGACCGAGGCACAGAAAAAGAAGGUGGCUUGGUGGGUGAUCUUGCUCUCUGUCCUUGGCGGUGUUCUCUUGGUGGGCGGGGUCGUCGCAGGCCUGUACAAGUUGGGAUUUUUCAAAAGGAAACGUGUAAAGGACAUCUCGGGUCCCAUGGAGGAAAGCGAACCAAUGACACAAACGAAAUGAGCGUGACUUGCGUGACUUCAGAUGUGGAUUUUUCAAGAGAAAACGAAUAAAGGACAUCUCAGGCCCGAGUACCUCGGAACUGAACGUUAUGUAGAAUGCGUUUCGUUUUUAACCCAUGGAACACUUGGCAAAUAGAGAGAGAACUUUUGUAGCUAGCACCUCAUUUUUAAGGCUAAAAAAAAUUAUUUAGUACUAUACCCUAACGAAAUACUUUAACAACCUUGCAAGGAACUGUUUUUUUAGUGAAUAGGAAAAUUUGCAAAACUUUGUAAUAAAUGAAGAUCCCAAAAAAUAGUCGUGAGACAAAUCUCACUUUAUGGAAUUUAAACUUUCAAGCGACUUUGUGUGUUGUGUAUCCCUGUCAUAAGUAGUUGUUCCAGACGAUCAACGUAUAGAAUUGAAUUCUUGAAAAAAUCUUGUUGUGGGUUUUAAAAGUUAGCUUUUUUAAGAAAAAAAAAAUAUAAUAAGAUAACUACAACUUUUCUUGUGAGGUAAUGAUGUUUUUGUUCUCACCAGUGUGUUUGAAAGAAUCGUACAAUAUGACAAAUGCCAUGUUUAUCAGUAACGUUUAUUUAAUUGCCAUUUUGUAAUAAAAAUAUCUCAUUUAUUGGCCAUAAAUCAAAUAAACUUUUUUUUAUCUUAAAA